AUGUGUGGGAUGUUUUAGGACUCGGUGGUCGUUGAGGAUGUUGCUGUGGUCUUCAGCCAGGAAGAGUGGGCUCUGCUGGAUCUUGAUCAGAGGAAACUCUACAGAGACGUGAUGAUGGAAACCUUCAGAAACCUGGCCUCAGUGGGAGAAAUCUCCAAAUCCCAUGGCAAUAAUGAUCAGCAUAAAAACCAGGAAAGAUAUUUGAGAACUCAUGUGGAAGAGAACCUCUGUGAAAGUAAUGAAGACAGUCAGUGUGGUAAAGCCUUCAGCCAGAGUCCAAAUCCUACUGUGCUAAAACGAAUUACUCCAGAAGUAAAUCAUGUUGAAUGCUGUGAGUUUAGAAAAGACUUCAUGGAUUGUUCAUCAUAUGAGCACCAUAUCAGAUCCUACAGUGGAUGCAGUACCUGUCCAUAUAAGAAAUGUGUAGAAGCCAGCAGUUGUCUCUCUCCCCUAACAACCCCUAUAAUACCUCUUAAUGAGGAGAAACCCCAUAAAUGUAAGGUAUGUUGGAAGGACUUCAUUUGUAUCUCACCCCUAACAAGUCCUGUAACAGCAUGCAUUGGUGAGAAAUGCUAUGACUGUAAUGAAUGUGGGAAAGAUUUCUGUAGUUUCUCAUCCUUUUGUACACAUGUGAGAGGUCAUAAGAGUGAAUGUAAAGAAUAUUGUAAAGCAUACAGUCAUCUCUCAUCCCUCAUUUUACAUAAAAAAAUUCAUAGCAGAGAUAAGCAUUAUGAAUGUAAGAAAUGUGGGAAACACUUUAGUGAGGCCUCAUCCCUCACUCAACAUACAAGGACUCACAGUGCAAAGAGGCCUUAUGAGUGUAAAGAAUGUGGGAAAGCUUUUAGGUGUUCCUCCAACCUCACUACACAUAUAAGAACACACAGUGGAGAGAAGCCUUAUAAAUGUAAAGAAUGUGGGAAAGCCUUUAGUGAUUCCUCAGCCCUGAGUACACAUGUCAGAACUCACACUGGAGAGAAGCCCUAUAAAUGUAAGGAAUGUGGGAAAGCCUUUAGUCGUUCUUCAUCUCUCACUACGCAUAUAAGAACCCACAGUGGAGUUCGGCCUUAUGAAUGUAAGCAAUGUGGAAAAGCCUUUAAUCAGGCCUCACACCUGACUACACAUAUAAGAACUCACAGUGGAGAGAGACCUUAUGGAUGUAAGGACUGUGGGAAAACAUUUAGUGAUUCCUCAGCGCUCACCACACAUACAAGAACUCACAGUGGAGAAAAGCCUUAUAAAUGUAAGGAAUGUGGGAAAGCCUUUCGUGAUUCCUCAGCACUCACUACACAUAUAAGAACUCACACUGGUGAGAAGCCCUAUGAAUGUGAGGAAUGUGGGAAAGUUUUUAGUCGUUCUUCAUCCCUCACUACGCAUACAAGAACCCACAGUGGAGUUAGGCCUUAUGAAUGUCAGCAGUGUGGGAAAGCCUUUAGUCAGGCCUCACACCUCACUACACAUAUAAGAACUCACAGUGGAGAGAGACCUUAUAAAUGUAAGGAAUGUGGGAAAGCCUUUAGUGAUUCCUCAGCCCUCACUACACAUAUAAGAACUCACAGUGGAGAAAAGCCUUAUGAAUGUAAGGAAUGUGGGAAAGCCUUUAGUAAGUCAUCAAACCUCAGUACACAUAUAAGAAUUCACAAUGAUCAGAGACAUGGAUGUAAAGAGUGUUGGUAUUAG